AUGGCAAAGAUCAAAGGUGUAAAUGCUCGACCAGAGGAUGAAAAGGCCGGCAUAGUUGAACCAAAUGUGAUCUUACUUGGGUACACCGCUCCCACUGGAAAUAGCACUGAUCUCAAUCCCUAUCAAGCAUGGCUCAAAGAUGGGCCAUUCAUGGCUUUCAGAUAG